AACCAGCUAAUGGAAAUACCCGUUGAUUGCGAUUGCCGUACCAUCCCACUUAUACAGCAUCCACGACUUGUUGCUGAUGGAUCUCACACCAUGUGGCCCGCACCAUUUGGUAAACCUAAAAAGGCAUCAAAGACGUGUAGAAAUGUUACUCCAGCUAAAAUAGACAAAUGUAGUCGCUAUAUCUUUCCGUUGUUGUUUUCUGGAUUUAACCUUCUGUACUGGACGAUAAUGACGGUUCUGAGCUCGAUGUCAGAACUCAAGAACGAUGACUGGGAACCGAUUAUCAUCCCGGACUGA